AUGCUCGCUGCGGACAGUGUCGCUGGACGGUCCCAAGGCGCGAGGCGCUGGGGCCGCGGUGGCAGCUUCCUCAUCUUUGAGGCUGGGCGGAAGCGGCCAACCCAUCGGGGGCGCGUCCGGCAAUGUCGGCCGCGGGCAUUGUUGAAGCCGGCACCAGAUGUGCCUGUGAGUUGGGGGCAGGACACAGUCGAGGUUUGGAUAAAGGUGCCAAUUGAGGAGGGCAUCAGAGGUCGAGACGUCAAUUUUGAGCUGCACCCCACCAGAAUGAAGCUGGAGGCUGCGGGGAAGACCAUGCUGCAAGGGAACUUCAGCGAAGCUGGGAAAAUCAACUUGGACGGCAGCUUCUGGGACAUCGAAGAGGCGGAUGGGCAGCGAGUGAUCAUGAUCACGCUGGAGAAGAAAACGAUGGGCUACAACAGCUGGAAGCUGCUGCUGGAGUCGGAGCGUAUCGACAUGUCCGUCACCAGCUGGGUGUUCCUUGACAUAGAAAUGGAUGGGGAGGCUGCCGGCAAGAUCGUCAUCGGAUUGUUUGGAAAAGAGGUCCCCAAGACGACUGAGAACUUCAGGCGUCUCUGCACAGGAGAGAAGAAGUCAGAUGCAGGGGCGACCUUGCACUACAAGGGAAACGAGUUUUUCUACAUCCUGAAAGGAAAGACUGCGGAGGCGGGGGGCAUCGACAAAGAUGGCGAACCCCAGAAUGAGUCCACAUACGGAGGCUUCUUCGAGGACGAGAGCUUCCGGUUGGAGCACAACGCUGCGGGCCUGGUGGGGAUGUGCAGCAGUGGGCCCAACACCAACGGCUCCCAUUUCUACAUCACCUUGGGCGCGCUGCCAGAAUACAACGGAAAGAGCGUCGUCUUCGGCCGCGUGGAGCGCGGCAUGGAUGUGGUCCGGCGCAUCGAGAGCUGCGGCUCGGCCAUCGGCGAGCCGAAAAGCCAAAUCGUCAUAUCCGACUGCGGAGAGGUCCAGGAAUCCGAGCUGGAGGGCCUGGAGCGGGAGGAGCGGAAGCGGAGGAUACUCGCGCCCCUGGGGGAGGAAGGCGCAGAGGCAGAUGAAGAGUAG